CUUGUGAUGGAGAGCAUAAUUAGGGAUAUAGGUAUAUUCUUGAAAAUUUUAGGAAGUUUAGGAUUUAGUCCUCCUAUCUCCAAAAAAUAAAACUUUCAAAGUAUUUGACCAUGAAACAAAAGAGCGGGUAAGAGAAGUGAUUGGCUAGUGGUUGAAUGUGCUAAGGUCCAAAAGGUGCCGCCGGCUGCGUGUCCUGGGUUCCAUUCUCGUCUGUGUUUCAUGAAUGGCCCAUCGCAGGCUCUGUCAAAAUCCAAGCACCUCCUCACCCCUUCUUCAGCCUACUACGAUUCACUUCUCAAGCGAUGCACCGCCACACGAUCUCUCCAAACCACCCAGCAACUACACGCCCACGGCGUCACCGCCGGCGUUCUGUCGAACUACAUCCUGUCGACCCUCUCUGCUGCGUACGCUUUAUGCGGGUGCGCUCCGCAUGCACGGAAGCUGUUCGAUGAAUUUCCUGAACGAAGCUUAUUCUCAUGGAAUGCCAUGAUUAGAAUGUACUCGUCUAGUGGCAAGCCGCAUGAUGCACUCCAACUGUUCGCUGAAAUGCUCGCCUCUGGGCAGCACCAGCCUGAUAAGUUCAUGUAUCCUUUAGUCGUCAAGGCAUGCGGGGACGCGUUGUUGCUUGACGUGGGCGUUUCUGUUCAUGCGAGGACUUUGGUCAGCGGGUUUGAUUCGGACACGUUUGUGCAGAAUUCUUUGUUGGCAAUGUACAUGAAUUGUGGGGAGAUGGAAGCCGCGAGGCAGGUUUUCGAUACAAUGUGGGAGCGAACUGUGGUGUCUUGGAAUACUAUGAUAAAUGGGUAUUUUCGGAAUGGGCGUGCCAAGGAGGCUUUGGUGGUUUUUAAUUGGAUGAAGAGUGUCGGGGUGGAGCCUGACUCUGUCACUGUGGUUUCUAUUUUGCCAGUUUGUGGGUAUUUGCAGGAGUUGGAUGUAGGAAGACGGAUUCAUGCAUUUGUGGAAGAGAAGGGUUUGGGAGGACGAAUACCAGUGACGAAUUCGUUGGUGGAUAUGUAUGCUAAGUGUGGUAGCAUGAGCGAGGCACAAUUAAUUCUUGAUAAGAUGGAUGAGGGUGACGUGGUGACUUGGACUACCGUGAUCAAUGGGUACAUUCUAAACGGUGAUUUGAGAAGUGCCUUAUUACUUUGUCCACUGAUGCAACUUGAAGGAAUAAGACCCAAUUCAGUUACGGUGGCCUCUCUUCUUUCAGCGUGUGCCAGUUUGCGUGCUCCAAAGCAUGGCAGGUGCUUACAUGGGUGGGCAAUAAAGCAAAAGAUAGAAACUGAUGUUAUUGUAGAAACUGCAUUGAUCGAUAUGUAUGCAAAAUGUAGUCAUGUCAAUCUCAGUUUUCAGGUGUUCAUGGGAACUUCAAAGAUGAGGACAGUGCCAUGGAAUGCUGUUCUUUCUGGAUACAUUCAUAAUGGGCUUGCGAGAGAAGCAAUAGAGCUUUUUAAACAAAUGCUAGUGGAGUCAGUAGAUCCCAAUGCUGCAACCUUAAACAGCCUCCUUCCUGCAUAUGCCAUUCUUGCAGAUAUGCAGCAAGCGACAAAUAUGCAUAAUUAUCUAAUAAGAUCAGGCUUUAUUUCAAGUAUCGAAAUUGCUACUGCAUUGAUUGAUAUAUACUCGAAGUGUGGAAAUUUAGAGUUUGCUCAUAAGAUUUUCAAUGGGAUUCCUAAAACGGACAAGGACAUUUUCUUGUGGAGUGUAAUUAUAGCUAGUUAUGGAACACAUGGAAAUGGUAAAAUUGCUGUUUCACUUUUCCAUGAUAUGGUUCAAUCUGGUGUUAAACCAAACGCAGUCACUUUUACAUCCGUAUUGCAUGCUUGCAGCCAUGCAGGGUUGGUGGAUGACGGUUUGAGUUUGUUCAAUUUAAUGCUGAAAGAUGAACAAACCCAUCCUCAUUUUGAUCAUUACACUUGUAUUAUUGAUCUACUUGGUCGUGCGGGUCGGUUGGAUGAAGCUUAUGGGCUGAUUAAAACAAUGCCUAUUAAGCCUAAUCAUGCUAUUUGGGGUGCUCUGCUUGGUGCUUGUGUGAUUCAUGAGAAUGUUGAACUGGGAGAGGUGGCUGCCAAUAGGCUUUUUAAACUUGAGCCAGAGAACACAGGAAAUUAUGUGUUGAUGGCAAAAAUUUAUGCUGCAACAGGGAGAUGGAGAGAGGCAGAAAAUGUGAGGCAUAUGAUGAAUGAAAUAGGAUUAAGAAAAGCUCCAGCUCAUAGUUUGAUUGAGGUAAAAAAAUUGUGAAAUUGGGCACAACUCUUUGCUGCUGAUGCUUGAAAGUCACAGAUUGAACGACUUCCAUUGUGCACCAGAAGUUUCUAACCAAGGCUGGGUUCUGCGCCUUGAGUAUUUGGCUUUGGUGAGUACAAAUUUACCCAGUUGUAGAGUUCUAUUUGACUGUGCAGGGUGGACGAGGAUUAUAGUAACUGCACUCUAUUCCAAGCUACUAUCCCUAGAGACUGAUGGAGAGACUGAUCCUGAUAAUGGCCAAAUAUUCAAAUGUGAGAGGGUCAGAACAGAAGAUCUUUAUAUAUUGACAUAAAAUUAUGGGGAAAUUGUAUAUCCAGUCACUGGUCCUGGGGUGGUGAUAGCUGAUCUGGGAAAAAAGGGACAAAACAAACCUGCUCCUGUGAUAAUAUCUUUCAGCACUGCAUAUGCAAAAACAAUGAAAAGCCUGAAGUCCCACUACGAGGGUCGGCUACAUGAAUCCUUUCCGCCAAUCCUCCUGAUCAAGGGUUGAACUUUGAAGGCAUCCAGGCUGCCAAGUUGAUCAUUCCACUUGUUUUCUCUGUUCCAUAUCUAAAUGCAAUCACAUUGCUAUCUUGUAUCCAUGGACAAAUAGAAGGAUAAUUUCCCUAUGUCAAAUGCAUGGUGAUCAUUCCAGAAAGUUCAGACACCAGUAAGGUCAUUCUUUAUAACUUUUUAUGUAGGCCUCGUAGGUGAGAAUGAUGUAGUUGGAUCGAUUUGACUUUUCAAGCACGCUAACACCCUCACUAUUCAGCUGGGGAAACAAACAGCCUGCUCAUCCAUGGGGCAAAACAUUGGUAGAUGAUUUAAAUAUUGUGUUGUAUUUUAUGAGGGAUUGCUGUGUAAAAUAUAGAAACUGCUUGAAUUAGAUAUUUUUUAUUAUAUUGCAAAAUAUUUGUUGAUUGUAACUGUGUAAGACAUAUCCAAAUUUAGCAGAACUUGUUUGUUUAAGUGAGUUA